UUUUGUUUUAAUUAAACAAAAGAAUUUUAAACAUUCAAAGUGUAGUUGGAGAACAAGUAGACAACUUUGGAAAUGAGCAUUAGCACUUGCAAGGGAAUCUGUGGACCUUCUGGAGACUCAUGGCUGGCAGAAAGGAACAGCUAUAUUUUCAGUUUGUGACUUUUCCAUAGGAACUGCUGCCAUGUCCCACCAACCUCUCAGCUCCCUGACUAAGAAGGGAGAAAGCCCCAAUGAAACCACAGGAAAUGGACCCCCCCAUCUGGCUCACCCAAAUCUGGAUGCGUUCACCCCAGAGGAGCUGCUGCAGCAGAUGAAAGAGCUCCUCGUUGAGAACCAUCAGCUGAAAGAAGCCAUGAAACUAAAUAACCAAACUAUGAAAGGACGAUUUGAGGAGCUUUCAGCAUGGACAGAGAAACAGAAGGAAGAACGCCAGUUGUUUGAGCUACAGAGCAAAGAAUCCAAAGAGCGCAUAAUGGCCUUGAGUCUUGAAAACAAGAAGUUGAAAGAAGAGCUUGGAAAACUAAAAGGGAAGUCAGAAAAGUCAUUUGAGUGCCCUACUGGUGACUGCAGGCCUCCCAAGGGGGAAGCGGAGCAGGAAAUGGACCAGUUGAAGAUGCAGGUGGCACGCCUGCAGGCCGACCUUCAGAGUAUUGUAUCUGAGCUACAACUCAAACUGAACUCCAGUGGCAACUCAGACCGCUCCUUCGUUGAACUUAGGGUGGAUGAAACAGAAGCAAAUGGGACAGUAAAACAAAUCAAGAAUAGUCCCAGACCCACAAGAAUGGACUCAAUUAGCACGUAUGUGAAUAAAACCAAGGGCUCUCAGGCUGACUGGGCAAAGAAUUAUUUGAAACUUAAGGAAUUAACUAUGAGCCAGUUGCUACUUUGCCUAAGGGAAGGAAACCAGAAGGUAGAGACACUUGAAAUUUCAUUCAAGAAAGCCAAAGAAAGAGUUUCCAGUUUUGAAAGGAGAGCUAAUGGCCGUUCUGAGUCUGAAACCCAGACAGAGGGGUGCACAGGAAAGGAGAAUGAAGAGGAAAAAGGCACGGAGAGUGUUGGAAAUGAAGUGGAAAUGUUGAACCUUCAGGUGACAUCCCUGUUUAAGGAGCUUCAAGAGGCUCACACAAAACUCAGUGAAGCUGAGCUAAUGAAGAAGAGACUUCAAGAAAAAUGUCAGGCCCUGGAUAGAAAAAAUUCUGCAACACCAUCAGAGCUGAGUGAAAAGCAAGAGCUUAUUUAUAACAACAAAAAGUUAGAACUGCAAGUGGAAAGCAUGCGAUCAGAAAUCAAGAUGGAACAAGCUAAAACAGAAAAUGAAAAAUCCAAAUUAACCAAUCUACAGUCAACACAUAACAAGCUUCUCCAAGAACAUAAUAAUGCUUUGAGAACAAUUGAAGAACUAACAAGAAAAGAGUCAGAAAAAGUGGAUAAAGUAUUGCUACAGCAACUAAAUGAGAAACUGGAACUGGCAGAGAAGGCACUGGCUUCGAAGCAGCUUCAAAUGGACGAGAUGAAGCAGAUUAUUGCAAAGCAAGAGGAGGACCUGGAAACCAUGGCCGUCCUCAGGGCUCAGAUGGAGGUUUACUGUUCUGAUUUUCAUGCUGAAAGGGCAGCAAGAGAGAAGAUUCAUGAAGAAAAGGAGCAACUGGCAUUGCAGCUGGCAAUUUUGCUGAAAGACAACAAUGCUUUUGAAGAUGAAGGCAGGCAGUCCUUAAUGGAAAUGCAGAGUCGCCAUGGGGCGAGAACGAAUGAUCCUGAGCAGCAGGAUUACCUGGUUCAAAGAGGAGCUGAGGAUGGAAACUGGCAGCAGCAGCAACAGUGGAACAUUCCAAUUCAUUCUUGCCCCAGAUGCGGACAAGUCCUGCCUGACAUAGACACAUUACAGAUUCAUGUAAUGGAUUGUAUCAUCUAAGUGUUGAUGUUUCACCUCCCAAAACUGUUGGUAAAUGUCAGAUCUUUUUCCUCAAGAGUUGUGCUUUUGUGUUAUUUGUUUAUAACGCAAAUGUUUUGCUUCAUAAUGCUUGCUCUAGGAGAAAGAAAAUGUAUCUGUUUAAACAGAAUACUUUUUGUAGAUUUUCAUAAACCAGAAAGAUAAACUACAACUCUUCUGAUAAUAAAUUCAAUAUUUUAAAUUUUCAGUUUCUAUGAGCAGUUUUGCUCAUACAGUUAAUCGGAAUGUGACAUCAUGUGAUAGAGUCUGCGCAAUUAGGUGAAAGAAACUUCAGAUGCUUCUCGGCCUUUUGGCUAAGAUCAAGUGUAUAAACCUCACUGAUAAAUUAAAAAAAAAAAAACUUUUCAAGAGGCAAGAAAAAGGAAGUGCUCAGAGACUCAAUCAAGAAGAAUGACUUUAAGUAUUUUUUAAAUUAUACUGUCAUUUUUUUGUCUACUUAAAAUGAGUUCAUUUAGGAUUAUGUGUUUGUAUAUUGUUGCUUUACUGCAGCCUUAGUAACUGCAUCAAAGUUAUGAUAUGGCUGUUUACAUCUGAGCACUGUGACUUUUUAGUCAAUACUCGAACAAGUGAAAAAAUAAUGACAUAUGUAAAAUAGAUAACAUUGGAUUCCUUAUAACCACAAUGUGAAGAAGUAAUUUUUGUUCCUUCAUUGUGCUCCAGGUAUAUGGGCUUGUGCGGUAAAUAGUAUGUUAAUUUCUAAAAAGAAUUCUUGUCUAUAGAUUUUCUUCCUGGAUCAGAUCAUAUCUACAUAAUCACAAAAAGUGGUCACUGCAAAAUAAAAUUUUACUUACACAUCUUUUACAUUGUUCAUAUGUAAUUAACUUCAUAUUGUGCAUUUUCUAUAUUAAGUUUAUUCAGCUUAAUAAGAGCUCAAAACUUAAUACUUUGUUUCAUUGUUUCUGUGAAUAUGGACAAAUCCCUCUAGUGGAGAUUAUUACAUACUUGAAUUAGAAAUUGCCCUUUGCCAAGGUAGAAAAAAAGACAGGGAUUUGCCAUAUUUUAUAAAUCUACAGUUCAUAUAAUACUAGAAAAGCCAUAGAAGUAAAGCAGUUUUUAUGUAUGUAAGUCCCAAAAUACUGAAAAGUAAAAGAUCUCUUCUGUUUUGAGAUACCGUCUAGACAGACUUGAUUACAUACACACGUCUUCAUGCCAAGAAAACAGAAUGUGAAAAUGCAAUAGUAAUAUAGAUGAAGAUUUCCCCAUCCUGUGACAGCCCAGUCAGAAUAUUAAAGACAUUUCUAAAAUAA